UUCUUCGUAAACGUAUUCUAUGCUUCAGGGAAAGAACUGUGUGACGAGAAUUCAGCGUAUAGAAUGAAGUGAACUUGAGAAUGAACGUGGUUGGCAGGUACUUGGGGAAUGUGGGCGACUGGAUCCAAACACGACUCCUCCGUGACAUCCGGCAAGAAGAAGAUGGGACUUCUUCCGCACCGCCGGAUCCACAAGCAGCGCAUGCGGAUCUCCGAGUUGUGUUCGUCAACCGACCUCAGCCCGAAAAAUACACCAGCAAUCGUGUGUCGACGGCAAAAUACAACCUCAUAUCCUUCCUACCUCUGUUCCUGUUUGAACAAUUUCGAAGAUACUCGAAUUGCUUCUUUCUGUUCAUCGCCUUGUUGCAACAAAUCCCCGAUGUAUCUCCAACCGGUCGUUACACUACUCUCAUGCCGCUGCUCUUCAUACUGUUUAUCUCAGCUAUUAAGGAAAUAAUCGAGGACAUUGUGAGUCGUGGUUUUCUUCAUUCUCGUAUGAUUCUAGUAUUCUGGAGUUUUCAAAGACGCCAUGCAGCUGAUAGGCGUGUGAAUGUCCAGGAAGUUGAAGUCUUGAAGGGCUAUCAUUGGCAAUGGAUCCGGUGGUCGAAGCUGAAAGUCGGCGACAUGGUGCGAGUUCGAAACGACUCUCUGUUCCCGGCAGAUCUCGUACUUCUAUCUUCCAGUGAACCUAAUGCGAUGGCUUACGUUGAAACGUCGAAUUUGGACGGUGAAACUAACUUGAAGGUGCGCCAGGGUUUAGCACAUACUUCCAAACUUCUAGAACCAAAGGACCUGAACAGAUUCGUGUGCACUGUGGAAUGCGAGUCUCCGAAUCGUCACUUGUACGAGUUCGUGGGCACGUUGCGAGAAUUGGGAAAGCCAGCUCAUUCGCUCGGACCUCAGCAAAUGCUUCUUCGUGGUGCGAAAUUGCGGAAUACCAUGUGGGUUUUCGGAAUAGUGAUCUACACCGGACACGAUACGAAGCUGAUGAAGAAUUCUUCCUUCCCUCCGCUGAAACGAUCGACUGUGGAUAAAGUGACGAAUGGGCAAAUCCUCUGGCUUUUCUUCCUUCUCAUCGUCAUCUGCGUCAUUUCUGCUGUGGCAUCCGAAAUCUGGUCAGCUUCGUACCUGAGUUCUGCGUGGUACCUCCGCUUCGACGACAUAGUCAUAUCCAAUUUCGGAUUCAACUUGCUAACGUUCAUCAUCUUGUACAACAACUUGAUCCCGAUUUCGCUGCAAGUCACUAUUGAAGUCGUGCGCUUGAUCCAAGCCACUAUGAUCAAUUAUGAUGUGGAGAUGUACCACGAAGAGUCGAACAUGUGUGCUAUGGCGAGAACCUCGAAUCUGAACGAAGAGCUCGGCCAAGUCAAGUAUAUCCUCAGUGACAAAACAGGAACGCUGACGAAGAACGUGAUGGAGUAUAAAAAGUGCUCUGUCGCCGGGAAUGUGUAUCAUGUGGAUGACGACGCGCUUAGUAAGAGACUCAAAGAGGGUGGAGGAUCGGAUGCGAUUUUGCUGAAGGAAUUCAUGACGCUUUUGGCCGUUUGUCACACGGUCAUUCCUGAGAUUGAUUCUUUGGGCGAGAUCAAAAUGGAAGAAGCGAGGCUUUCGAUGCACAUGAGAGAGCAGAAGGUUGCGGAUGCGGCUGAGCUGAUUGAAAAGGAUUUGGUUUUGCUGGGAGCAACUGGGAUAGAAGACAAGUUGCAGGAUCAGGUGCCUGAAACCAUAGCCGCGUUUCUGCUUGCCAACAUCCACGUGUGGAUCCUUACCGGCGACAAGCAAGAAACAGCCAUCAAUAUCGCUUACUCGUGCAAACUGAUCGACCCGACGAUGGCUCUCCUCAUCGUCAACGAGGAUUCCUUGGAUGUGUGGACAGAAUGUUGA